AUGCCUGCCUUUCUAGAAAGGAAUUAUUAUUGCGACUUGUGUGGAAAAGGUUACAACAAUAUCGAGACACAUACAUGUAUCAGCGUAUGCAGUGCUUGUCGCCGCCCAGGCAAAGAUUGUCCCACCGAUACACUUCGAGACUGUUUAGAAUGUUAUACCUGGUACAAGGAACAACAAACCAAAACCUUCCAUUUCCAACACGAAUUGGUGACCUAUUGUCAGAGUGAUGUGGAUAUCUUGAGAAAAUGUUGUGGAGCCUUUAGAACCAUCUUUAUGUCGGAAACAGGAAUAGAUCCCUUCUUAGAUAGUCUGACGCUGGCCAGUGCAUGCAAUAAGGUGUUCCGAGCACAUUAUAUGAAGGCCGACACUAUAGUCAUCAUACCCAGAGCUUUGAUGGAGGCCCCCAAACCUGGAGAAGAUUGGAAAAAAUUUCAACCGAGACAACAAAGCAACAAGGCUUUACGCUGGUUAGAAUGGAAACAACAUGAGAAAACGAUCGAGGCACUGAGUCAACACCAACCUACACCCAACAUCAGACAUGCCCGAAACGGAGGAGAAGUGAAAGUGGGACCAUUCAGUUUAGAUGGAUACGAUCUCAACGAUAAAACUGCUUAUGAAUUCCAUGGAUGUUGCUAUCACGGAUGUGCUACAUGUUACCCAGGACCCAUUGAAGAUUUGAAACAUCACCAUCCAUAUGAUCCUUCAAGAACCAUGCGAGAUUUAAACCACCACACCACAGAACGAAUAGGGAAAUUGAAAACCUAUGGGCUAGAUAAAAUAGAAGUGAUGUGGGAAUGCGAAUUUGAUCGACAACGACAACAAAACCCUGAAAUGGAUGAAUUCAUCACUGGUUUGGAAUUGAGGGGAUGGCCUUGUCCUGAUCCACUAAUGCCAAGAAACGCAUUCUUUGGUGGACGAACUAAUGCAAUACAACUGAUGGCGGAACCCCAACAAGAAGGCGAAGAACUCCACUACGUCGAUGUCGUAUCACUUUACCCAUACGUCUGCAAAUAUGGUAAAUUUCCCAUUCAAGAACCUCAAAUCAUCACGCAACCUGAACUAGAUCGCUGGCACGAAUAUGAAGGGUUGGUGCAAUGUCGAGUUCUUCCACCCAAAAACCUCUACCAUCCUGUCUUACCAUUCAGAAAUGGAAAACUCACUUUUCCUCUUUGUCGAACAUGUGUACAAGAUCACAUGAAACAAGACGAUGUUGCUGUGUAUCAGGAGUGUCAUCACAUUGAGAAAGAAAGAGCUUGGGUAGGCACGUUGGUCACCUUAGAAUUGAAGAAAGCCGUGGGGAUGGGUUACAAAAUUCUGGAAAUCUACGAAGUAUGGCACUGGAAUCAAUGGAGCCAGUAUGAUCCUGCCACCAAGACGGGUGGAUUAUUCACUGAUUAUAUCAACCGUUACCUAAAAAUGAAAAUGGAAAGCAGUGGAUACCCAGACAUCUGCCACACAGAUGAAGAGAAACGUCAUUUUAUAGAAGAGGUUUACAGAAAAGAAGGAAUAACACUUGAUCCGGACCAAAUUAUACCGAAUAAAGGCAAACGCGCGUUUUCGAAAUCGAUACUAAACACACUUUGGGGAAAAUUUGGACAAAGAGACAACUUUAGUCAAACAGAAUACAUCACGGAUCCUUCAGAAUAUUUUCAGCUGAUGAACGAUUCCACAGAAACAGUCAAAGAUGUUCAAAUUGUCAAUGAUAACAUGGUCAUGAUCGAAAAAUUGAAGAAAGAACAACACGUUCAACCAUGCGCUAUCACCAAUGUAGUGAUUGCUGCUUUCGUGACAGCCCAAGCACGUUUAAAACUAUACAGUGUAUUGGAACCCUUAGGAAACAGAGUGUGUUACUUUGACACUGACAGUAUCAUCUACAGACAUCUACCACUACAAUGGAAUCCAACCGAAGCCUGCUGUGGAUAUGGCCUUUGA